AUGAAUCGCUUCCAACGGAGUGACGAAACGCUUUCAUCAUCUGCGAGCGGGCAAAGAGCUCGACGGUCAACUACAGGGGGUCUCGAGAACAGCAUCAGCAUCAGCUACGGCACGGAUAUCACCAGAAGCACAAGUAGCAAAGCAAUCAGAAGAAGAAGAAGUAAUCUCACCGUUCCCAGUGGGACUGGUCAUUUUAGCUGCACCCGAACCCGGAUUCCUAAUAAUACUUGUUUAAGGAGAAGCAGCUUUCCAUCGGGUAAUACACCCCUACGGGCUGACCGAACACCGAGUCCGAAAAGUCUCAAGCGGCAGAAGGUGCGGCUCCACGUAGUUAAGCCUCUGCUGCAAAGCAGCCAUAACACCCGUUUGAUUGUAAAUGAUAGCGUUUGUACUGGUACUGAUACUAAGGCCAAUGGUGACAGCGAUACGAAGUGUGAUGUUAACGAUAUCAGUUUAUGCAGCACUAGUGUUGUUGAUGCACCGCCAAUAGGGCCAGAGGAGGGGACCGCUUACCAACAGCAGGAAAAUCUUACGCUGAAUGAUGUGGAGGAGUUACGCCGCCGCCGAGAACAACUACGGUACGGCGUUGACACAUCACUUGCGCGCAUUGCAGAAUUGAAACUGUUAACGCAGGCGUUCCGUUUAGAUCAAAGAGGCACCGAUGGCGGGGACGGUGAAGCUCUCAACGCUGCAUCCAGUGCUGAGAUCAGUAACAGUGCCCUCCUUAAUAGCACGGAAAAUGAGGCCAGUGUAACUUCGAAGAGUCUGGCAAUUGAGGGAGAGGAAUGGGGUAGAGAGGAGGAUACCCUAUUACUACUAAAAGUUGCUGAGGAGGAGUAUGAAGAGCUUAGAUUGCAACUGACUUUGGCGUGCGCUUCCCUUUCUGCUGUCCCACAAACCUUGUGGACUGACAUUCGGAGGUUUCGCCAGCCACCCCCUGCUGUGGCUGCCGUUGUUGAUGCCGUCUUGAUACUUUUAGGCCUCCCACAAAGCAGACACCGACGGCUGGGGCUUGGAAAUGGGGGAUGGCCCAACUUUCCUCAGCAGCUUAUACAGUGUGACCCGCUGGCCACUUAUCAAAAAAUAAUGGGUAUUGCUGAUUGUGAGUCGUGGAUGAAUGGCGUUUCGCGUAUGGGUGAGCUUGAACAUUUUUUGUGCCACUGGACUCAUCUCCGCGUCUCACGUGUGCACCCGACUUUGGGUCCACUGCACCAGUGGGUUAAGACAAUGGUUGACGCCAGCCGGGCAGCCGGAAGGUUGGAGGCUCUUAGAGAUGCAUCAAGCGCUAAACAAAUUGCAACUGUAGCCGGCAGAGGGAUACUGCUGCGUGAGCUGGAGGAAAAUGAGGAGUACGUUCAGCUUGCGCAGGAGGAGAUAGCCGCUAUCGACGCAUUGGUUGCGGAUGUAGUUGCAUUCGGUGUGGCGGGUCCAGCUAUUAGUUCGGGUGCUGCCGUCUCGGAAGAAAAGAGGAAUCUCGCGGAACCGGCCGAGGCUUACGGGGAGCCCUCCGCGCAGAGGUCUGGAGGUCGAGGGCGUGCAGGGAAGGGGGUGAGUUGGAGUGCAGAGGUGUCCAAUGCCAAUUCUCUUCCUCUUGUUUCUGGGACAGAGCAACGGGUUACUACGGCAGGGACGGGGCGGAGGAGGAAAGAUAUUGUCAUCCCUGCUCUCAACUUUGCCGAUUGCUUGCCUUCGUUCCCUCAUGCGGAGCAGGGGCCGCUGUCGUUGCGUGAGCGAUUUGAGAGGAUUCGUACGUCUUCGUUAUGCCAUAGUCCUCGGGCUGGUCCCAUCAGCCAUGUUGAAGGUAGUCCCUCACGUGGUAAUUUCGGUAGCGUAACGGAGAUUGCAAAUUCCAUUGGAAAUGUGAGUUUCCUGACCACCGCCCGUGCGCUUCGUGAUAGAGAGAACCUACUGAUGCGCGUCCACCAGCUGGAAGAACAGUUGAAUGAAAUUUGCGGCAGCAAGCCAAAAGAAGUGGAACUCGUUCUGUUGCGUGACGAGCUGGCUGCAGCACAGGAAGAGAUUAGCAGGCUGCGGGCAGAGCGGGAUGAGCUUGAACAGCGGGCUAAGCGUCGUGACACCUAUUACAAACCUUCCUCUCCACGAGGGGGGUGCAUUAAGGGGUUGGAUGAAGAACUAGCCGGCGCGGAUGAGAUUUCAUCGGCGGGCGCGUCGAAGGAGAAAGCUGCGGAUGGUUCAGGGGAUGCCAUGACGGUAAUGAUGCUGGAACAACAGUUGUUGACCGCUCAUGCCCGCAUACAACACCUAGAGGCUACUGUUGUAGGGCUGACUUCAGAUGAAGGCACGCAAUGCACAUCGGUAAGUGGUAGUGGCAAUGACUCACCGGAGGCUCCAUAUGACAAUUCCAAUCGACCUUCAGCUUUCGCCGCAUCUGGCCUCGGUAUCACCAUUGCUGGCGGCCCGGGGGAGGUACCGUUUCUUCAGCGCCGCAUAGAUGAAAUGCAACGAAUUUUGGAGAUGCAAGAGCGUGCUGUCAAUGAUGCGGAGGAGAGGCUCAAUAAUGAAAUGCACGCUAAGAAUGAGGCAUACGAGCAGGUGCGUCAGCUACAGGCAGAGCUCCGCAGCGUAUGGCAGCAACUGGAGAACAGCGAGUAUCAACUUAAGGUAGCAAUGGAGGGCUCGCGCUGUUAUUACUGCCGUGCGGAUUUGGAUGACCGCGAUGCGGGGCAUGGUGGUGAAGACAUGCGACAACAGCGACGGCGUGAGGCGGUUUGUCAGGAGGAAAUCGAGCGCCUUCGCAUGCAGCUGCGUGACCAAAAACAACGCAGUGUAGAGGAAAGGCGGCGACGACUUGAACUCCGUAAGGUUCGCAGCGCGCUUUUGCUCAAGUUGGAGAAUACCUUCACUGAGGCCCUGCGGUUGCAAGAGAACGGAUCGGAGCGGGCGGCUGCGAUAUUACAGCCCACCCGUACAGACAUGGGUGAUAAUGUGAACUCGCAGGAACUUUAG